AUAGAAAAAUUCGUAAUAAUGUCCAAUUCCUGUGAAUUUUUCGGGACGGAGUACAGUCGCAGUUAUACGAAGCACAAGCUGAAACCGACAGAACUUAUCCGUCAAAAGAAUUAUUUCGAGGAGCACUUGGAAGAAGGAGAAAUCGACCCGUACACGGCAUCGAUUCCUAGUCGAUUGGACGAAGCUGCUCAACAGUUGGUUUACAAGCAUAUACUUGAUAAUCUACGAUCCGUUUAUCAAAUCUCCUACAAGCAUCCUCGAGGCGACCGCGACGAGAAGGAGACAGAGGAGAAGGAUCUACAAAGCGAAUUGCUAGCGUACAUUAACCAUUUAUACUUUAAUCCUCACAAUGAAAAGGUGCUCGCACCUCCGAUAACUGCAAAACGAAAAAACUAA